AUGAAUAAAGAGGCCAGCAGUACCGAAAAUAUCGGGGUCACUUCGUGUGAAGAAUUCGUGGUGUGAAGUUGCAGCUCUCUGUCCCGUGAAUUUCUUUAAGGUAACUGCUGUAGCCCGUUGUUUCCUCUUAAGACGCGAUUUGGUCGUUAUUAGUUCGUUGAUUUUCUAAAUUUUAGCGUUAUCUCUGCAGUAAGAACGAAAUGGCCGAUAAACCAGACGUAUCUGAGGUGUCAACGUUCGAUAAGAGCAAGUUGAAAAAGACUGAGACACAAGAGAAGAACACUCUUCCAACGAAAGAAAGUGAGUCUUAUUUCGCUUAAUUUUCCUUCCUAGAGAAAUAUUUUCGUGAGCUAAAGCUGAAAAUACGUCAGUAAAGCAGCUAUUUGCUCCUUUAGGGGUGUGUCAUCUUGGGAACACUUUGAAUUCGAGAGCGACACGUUUUUAAAAUUCCGUACUCAUUAUUGUAUCCAAGCUUCAAUGCGCAGCGCGAGUCCCAAGCAUCUUGGCUAUAAUUUUUCGACGGGCUUCGUAUAUAAUGCAAGCACCUUAUCCGUCUUUUUGACACACCCUCUCUAUUCUUUCGUUUCAGCAAUUGACCAGGAGAAGAGCACCUAAGCCAAGAAAUUAUUGAUCAUAACCACUAGCGUGUUGUUAAUGUUAUUCAAAAAUUUGUGUCCUUCUUUUUAUGUUUGUGUCUGCCUUGGAGAAGUUGUGCGCUUAUAGGGAGAUGAAGUUUAUUAGCAUAAAGUUUGUGAUCCCUAAAUCUGUAAAAUUCAAUUGUAGUCAAAUUUAUGGGAAAACGAAAACCAUCUCGUCGAUUUCCUACACUUGAUGUAUUCGUUCCACUUUCGUCGGCCUAGACAAACAUAAAUUGUAGUGAAAUAUUUUUGCACAUUUUAAACAAUAAAGUUGAAUAUUGAACUUGAAAUUUGGGUGUUUGUUUAGAUUACUUUGCUGUUGCUGGGAAAUGCGUAGAGAAAUUGUAAAAUAGUCUUUCGCAACCUUCGAACAAUUGUACUAAUCCUUUCUUCAUCACACCAACAUUUUUCUACCCAAUUGGCCUGAAGUGCCCAUUGAUAGAGGUCGUUUACAAAACGACAAGAAAAUCCCUGAGGACCUAAAAUUAUAGCUUUGUUAUGCCAACUACUGCUGUGAUUUUUCCUAGCCAACACUUGAAAGCCUUGUGAAUGUGAAAAAAUUUUAUAGAUGAAUUCCUUUUAAGGGAAUUUUGCCAAGUGGUGUGAUCAGCACAAAAAAAAACUUCCUGCAGGAAAUGACAGUCAAGGUAUUAGAUUACCUCGGGGUUCAGUUUAAAAUUUAAUCCACAUUUAGAUGAGACUAUUAUUUUUUAUUUAAUUACAUAUUUCAUCUGCAUUGCAACAAGUGUUCAAAAUAUUUUAGAGACUGUUCUGACAUAUUAGUUACUUGAAACUAAAAUGGUUUCUAUCUCAUUAGAAUUGAGUUCCAAACAAAUGUCAAAGAAAUGCAUCAAGAGUUAUCUGAUUAGGUAAGAUUUCCACACAGCCCUGGCUAUACUCAUUAUGCAUGCAGAUUUUGGAUAAAGGUAACAAUGAGGAAAUCAGUAAAGUAUCUCCUGCUACUACUACUGCUUUUUAUGGAGUAGAAUAAGGCUGUGUGGAAAUCUUACCUAGGAUUAAGUUGCACAGGCAGUUUGUAAGAGUUUUGGCCAUCAUAGGAAGGUUGCUUGGCACUGAAAUAUUCUUCUCAAUAGACCUACUUAACUUUUAUUGUUUAUUUUCCCAAGGAAGGUCUCACAGAAAUUUUCAUCUUUGUUUUAUGUAAAUUAUGCUUCCACAUGCACACGAAUAAGAGGAAGCUUAUAAGAUACAGUUCUCUAGGAUAACACAUGAUCUACACUGGAGCAACAAAACAUACUUAAGCUGAAGAGGUCUAUUUGUGACUUAAAAGUUUCAAGUAGGUGAAGCUUUAAAAUACACCGGAAUGUAAAUGAGUAAUGCUCUGUUUGCAUGAAGGGUUGGGUAACUUGCCCUUUGAUCAUUAGUGUUUGUGGGAGGUGAACUUCCUCGCUCUGUAGGACUUGAUGCAAGCAUGUAACUGAACUAGCCAUUUAUGUAACAAGUUAUGAGUAGAGUAAAAUGGUCACAAGGCAAGCAAAAGAGAAAUUAACAAUCUUUAUUCGAAAUUUCCAAUUGUCUUGUCCAUGUAAGAUGAAAGUGUGAGUGCCUCAGAGCUUGAUCACAUUAACUCCUCAAUGAGCAUACUGAUUAAAGCAGCAGCAUCUCAGGUUUGUUCUGUUGCAAUGGCUUUCUUCAGUCCCAAAUGUAACUCUUUUACGUGCACUUCACCCACUUUUCCAUGGGCAAAUGCAGAAAAGUUGGUGAGACAUAGAACACAACUUGUAACUAGAACACAGACACAUUUGAUACUCACUGGCACAUGAAAAUCUGCUUUCUGAAGAACAGUGUUUCAAAAUAUAAAAAUACAUUCCUUGAGAAAGGGGACAUUGUAGGCCUCCAAUCUCCCCGAGUUAACAUCACAAGAUAGUAAUUUUAUAGGGCUGCAGACACUAUGUAUUCCUUAAGAUUAUAAUUUUGCGCGAGAUAACCUUACUGUGUCAGACAGUCUUCCAAGUGGUAGACAUCCCAAAUGCUGACCCCAAACAGGGAUCUUAUUUCUUCCAGCAGUGACCAACUAGACUGUUGUUUGCUAAGUACAGAAUCCAGCAGGGGUUCACAACUUCAGACACCCUUAAUGGAAAAUGAUAGAUAUAUUAUAAUCAAAAUGCCAAAGUUGUAUAAUUUGAUUGCGUAGACGCUGGGUAACUCAGGAAAGGUGAAGGAGAUCUUUUCAUGAAAAAAUGUAUGCAUCCUUGUAUUUUAGUUGUUGGCUAGGAAACAUUUUUAUGAAUAUUUCCAUGGCUUUUUUUAUGUUAUUGCCAACAUUGAUUGACAAUCCUGCUUUGUUGCCUUGUUGGGUGUCUGGGAUUAUUAAGUUAAACCUUAUUAAUCCAAGGAAUUCUCUAAACAUCAGGACAUCUUUGUGAACAAAGCGGCAAUUAAAAUGGUGGUUGUUUUGGUGUAA